CCAUUCAACAACUGGGUGGCCGUCGAUGGACAACCCGGGUCACGGGAGAAGGAGGAUUCGUCGCUGAAAAAGAUCGAUAUCAUCUGUAUGUCUCGUACGGAUGCCCUUACGCUCAUCGCACGCUGAUUCUAUUGAAGCUAAAGGGACUCGAGGACCUUUUGAGCGUGUCAGUGGUCAGUCCGAUGAUGCUUGAGAAUGGAUGGACAUUUGAUGAGACUUAUCCAGAUGCAACCGUCGACCACCUCUACGGCUUUCAGUUCCUAUACCAAGUCUACUUAAAGUCCGAUCCAAAAUGCACGACCCGGGUCUCGGUGCCGGUGCUUUGGGACAAGAAACAGCACAAAUUGGUGAGCACCGAGAGUGCCGACAUCAUUCGAAUGCUCAAUUCGGCUUUCGAUGGGCUUUGCGCAAAUACAGGGAUUUCUACCCAAAAGAAUUGCAUACAAAGAUCGAUGAAGAGAAAAAUUCUCGAGAACCAGCGCUAUCUGGCGGGGGAGAGUCUUUCCGACGCGGACAUCCGUUUGUGGGUGACACUGAUUCGAUUCGAUGCUGUCUACUCGAUCUAUUUAAAAUGCAGCAAGAAACGCAUCUUGGACUACCCGAAUCUUCACGGUUAUCUCAGGGAUAUUUACCAACAUCCGGGCAUCGCUGAGACGACAAAUUUCAAUCACAUCAAGGCUCUCUACUUCCGCUGUGGCAAAACGUUGAAUCCGUCGGGCAUCGUUCCAAUAGGACCCGAUAUGCGACUCGAUGUGCCACACGGAAGAACUAAG